GACAACCUCAACAACCAGCACCAUGUGUGGCAGCUAUUACGGAAACUACUAUGGCGGCCGUGGCUAUGGCUGCUGUGGCUAUGGGGGCCUGGGCUAUGGCUAUGGAGGCCUGGGCUGUGGCUAUGGCUCCUGCUAUGGCUGUGGCUUCCGCAGACUGGGCUGUGGCUAUGGCAGUGGCUAUGGCUAUGGCUCCCGCUCUCUCUGUGGCUGCGGCUAUGGCUGCGGCUCAGGCUACGGCUCUGGCUUUGGCUACUACUAUUGAGGACGCCACGGG